UAAGCGUUUUACACAGUGGAGAGUUGGAAAGUUCAAUAUGAACGCACCGUUUCGGCCAUUGUAGGCUGUGUCACCGAGCUGCAACUUGCUUCACUGUCGGUCGGGUUCUUCUUUGUCUUCUUCUUCUUCUUCUACCAUUUCCGACCAAACAAGAGACGACUUUCCCGACAUGUCGUCUCUACAUUUCCUCUGUUUUCUCUCUCUCUUGAGCUUCCUCACCGGAAUCAAGUCCGACGAGCGUCAAAUCCUAACCAAACUCCAAACCAAUCUCCAAAGCUCGAACACCAAGGUGUUCGAAAAUUGGGGACACGAAACCCACAUCUGCAACUUCACCGGAAUCACCUGUAAUUCCGACGAGUUCGUCACCGGAAUUGACCUCUCCAAAAGGGGUUUAUCAGGGGUUCUUCCAUUUGAUGCCAUUUGUGAACUGAAAUCAUUGGAGAAGCUAGCUUUUGGGUCGAAUUCCUUGCACGGCGGAGCAACGGAGAGCUUGAACAAGUGUGUCAAAUUGAAAUAUUUGGAUCUGGGUAUCAAUUCCUUCUCUGGGUCCUUCCCCGACAUACAUUCUUUGACGGAAUUGCAGUAUCUGUACUUGAAUUUAAGUGGGUUUUCCGGGAAGUUUCCAUGGAAAUCCGUCGAGAAUUUUACUGGGUUGAUCGAGUUAAGCCUUGGCGAUAACGCUUUCGACAACGCUACGUUUCCGGUGGAGGUCACAGCUUUGAAGAAGCUCACAUGGCUUUACUUGUCGAAUUGCAGCUUAACAGGGGAGAUUCCGAGGGCUAUUGGGAAUCUUACAGAGCUUCGGAGUUUGGAAUUCUCGGAAAAUUACAUCACCGGGGGAAUUCCGGCGGAGAUUGUGAAUUUGCAGAAUCUAUGGCAGUUGGAGUUUUACGGCAAUCAAUUGACGGGGAAACUUCCGGCGGGGCUGAGAAACCUAACCCGGCUGAAGAAUUUCGAUUGUUCGAUGAAUUUUAUAAGUGGGGAUUUGUCGGAGGUGAGGUUUUUGACGAAUUUGGUUUCUCUGCAACUGUUUGAUAAUGAAAUCUCCGGCGGUGUUCCGGCGGAGCUUGGUGAGUUCAAGUCGCUGGUGGAUCUUUCGCUUUAUAGUAAUCGGCUUACUGGUCCGCUGCCGCAAUCGAUUGGUUCUUGGUCGGAUUUUGAUUACAUUGAUGUAUCUGAAAAUUUCUUGUCGGGAUCUAUUCCGCCGGAUAUGUGUAAGAAAGGGACGAUGAAGAAGCUUCUCAUUCUUAAGAACAAUUUCUCCGGCGAGAUUCCGGCGACUUACGGUAAUUGCUCAACUUUAACGCGAUUUAGAGUUAGUGAGAACUCGCUCACCGGUGUUGUUCCGUCUGGGAUUUGGGGAUUGCCGAAUGUGAAUAUAAUUGAUCUUGCGUCAAAUCAAUUGGAAGGUUCGAUCACUUCUGAUAUUGGGAAGGCGGUGGCUCUCUCGGAAUUACGCGUCGAAAAUAAUCGAUUAUCAGGUCGUUUGCCGUUGGAGAUUUCGCAAGCGAAAUCUCUUGCUAAAGUUAGUUUGAGCAAUAAUGAGUUUUUCGGUGAACUUCCGGUAACUAUUGGUGACUUGAAGCAUCUCGACAGCCUCGAAUUGCAGAGCAAUAGAUUCUCUGGUUUGAUUCCGGAGACGAUUGGCUCGUGUGAUUCCCUGUCUAUCGUCAAUUUCGCGGAAAAUUUGUUCUCGGGAAAAAUCCCUUCGUCUCUAGGGUUUGUUGCUGUUCUAAAUUCUCUGAAUCUCUCCAAUAACGCCCUCUCUGGUGAAAUCCCCUCGACGUUUUCGCAUUUGAAGUUGAGUUUUCUCGAUCUUUCCAAUAAUCAGUUAACCGGUCCGGUGCCAGAAUUGCUUGCGAAUGGAGCUUACAAAGAAAGCUUCGCUGGAAACCCUGGCCUCUGUAGUGAUGUUGAUGGCGUUUUACAGCGAUGUUCACAGAGAUCCGACGAUUCCAAGCAUGUUCGUACAUUUGUUAUCUGUUUCGCCGUCGGAUUACUUCUUCUCAGCAUAACAGUAUGGUGCUUCAUAACGUUGAAAAAGAGUGAAAAAGACAGAGAUUGGUCGCUUAAAGAGGAAUCAUGGGACCUAAAAUCCUUCCACGUAAUGUCAUUCACAGAGGACGAGAUUCUCAAUUCCAUUAAAGACGAGAAUCUAAUCGGAAAAGGAGGUUCCGGCAACGUUUAUAAAGUGACGGUCGGAAAUGGGAAAGAGUUUGCAGUGAAGCAUAUAUGGAACACCAAUCCAUACGACGACAAAAGGAGGAACCGAAGCUCGUCGCCGAUUCUCCAAAAACAAAGAACGAAAUCCUCAGAAUUCGAUUCAGAGGUGAAGACUCUAAGCUCAAUCCGACAUGUAAACGUGGUGAAGCUCUACUGCAGCAUUACAAGUGAGGUUUCAAACCUAUUAGUAUACGAAUAUAUGCCUAACGGAAGCUUAUGGGACAGACUCCACACAUCUAGAAAAAUGGAAUUGGAUUGGGAAACAAGAUACCAAAUCGCCGUUGGAGCAGCAAAGGGAUUAGAGUAUCUUCAUCACGGCUGCGACCGACCAGUGAUCCACCGGGACGUUAAGGCCAGUAACAUACUCUUGGACGAAUUUCUAAAGCCAAGAAUUGCAGAUUUCGGGCUAGCCAAAAUGCUUCAAGCUAGUGGGUUCACAGAGAGCUCCCACGUCAUCGCAGGCACCCCAGGCUACAUCGCACCAGAAUACGGGUAUACCUACAAAGUCGACGAGAAGAGCGACGUGUACAGUUUCGGGGUCGUGUUGUUGGAGUUGGUGAGCGGGAAGAAGGCGAUCGAGGCGGAGUUCGGGGAGAACAAGGACAUAGUGGAAUGGGUAUCAAACAAUUUGAAGACAAGAGAAAGGGUAUUGAGCUUGGUUGACUCAAGGCUAGGAGACAUGUUUAAAGAGGACGCCAUAAAGGUCCUGAGAAUUGGGAUUUUGUGCACAGCCAGGGCUCCGACAUCGAGACCGACAAUGAGAAGCGUGGUCCAAAUGCUACAAGAAGCCCAACCUUGUGGGUUAGUUGGAAUUACAAUUAGCAAAAAAUGAUGGACUGUUAAAACGGAAUUAGCAACCGCAUUAGUGUCUAAACCUUACCACUAAUCUAAGAUUAUCAUGUCGGCCCAGUUUUUCUGUCGGCCCAUUAAUCUUAUUGGGCCUGUUUUAAUUGUACCAUGGGCCACCAUCAUGGGCUUGGGUGACUUCUAAGUUGUACAUUAUGUCUUUUGGGAAUAAGAAGCUAAGGAAGCACAUACAUUGACCUGAUC